UGUGGGAAGUGCCCUGUGCAGGAGGGAGGCUGUGUUUGUGGCCACACUGGUAACAGGGACCCCUGGAGAAGAGAGAUCCUUUUCUAGAGAUGAUGAAUGGCCAAGGGAGAGUCAGUCCUGGAACUGUAGCAGAAAUUAGAAGCUUCUCCUCACUGAACAUCUGGGUCUUCCUUAUUUUUGCUCUCGCAAUCAAAGCUGCCCUUGUGACCAUCUGCCUUGUGGUUCCCUUCUGGCAUAGCAGUGACCAGCCCAGAGCCCUGCAGCAGCAGUUCUCGGAGUGGAAGUGCGACUCAGCAGAGCCACAAGGCACAGACCGAGGCUGGAUGUGCUGCCCAGAGGGCUGGAGAAGGUUUCAAAGAAGCUGCUAUUUCCUGUCUCUUGAUACAAUGAACUGUGCUGAGAGUGAGCAGAACUGCACUGGGAUGGGCUCCCAGCUGGUGGUGAUCAACAGCAAGGCAGAGCAGGAUUUCCUCUCCGAGCAGAUAAAACAAUCUCCACCAAGACAGAAUUUCUACAUUGGUCUGAUUGAGGAGAAGGAGGGCGAGUGGCACUGGGUGGAUAAGACUCCAUAUGAUGUGACAGCUGCGUUCUGGCGAGAAGGAGAACCAAAUAAUAAAAACAAUGAAAAUUGCACUGUAAUUCAUGUGCCUACACAACCUCCCAAUAACUGGAAUGAUGUCAGAGCAUAUUUGGAGUAUCAUCGAAUUUGUGAAGCUGCAGCAGUAAUUGUGUGAUGGAAAUACCCCUGCCCUGAGCAAAGCUGGGAGCUGAGCAGUGAGCUGGGAAUAGCGCUGGCUGUGCUGGGAGGGGUGGGGAGCCCUGACACAUCUUCACUGUGUGUGGGAGGGGACCAUGUGUGUGUGGAAGUGAAAUGAGCUUUGUCCAGCAUCCCCAGUGCAUGAGGUGUCUCAGGGAACACAGGAAGGCUCAGGCUUCUCAAACAAGUCCUGUGUUCUUGUUUCCUCAUCUCUCUGAGAGGAUCCAGGAGCCUCUGUCUGAAAAGAGAUGGACUUUCCAGGAGGAAGACACAGGAAAGGAAGACACAUAUCCAGAGAUUCAAUAUCCUUGGUCUCCUUGAUCUUGAGAUGCUUUUUUUUUUUUUUUUUUGAGACACACACAAAAUGUUUUCUAGUUCUCCUGAUUUUGCUGAACAAAUUCUGAAACCUUAGACCAGACAAAAUACAAUACCAGAUCAAUGAAAAAAGGCUCUGUGCUCUCUGUGAAAAUCUCUCUUUCCUGUUCCAUCUCUGUCUUGCCAGGGGUAUGUUCUGAAAAUCAAGAAAUGGUUUGGUUUGGAAAGGACUUGUAAGGAUAGUCUAGUUUCAAGACUGCUGAGUCAAGGGCAAAGACACCUUCCACUGGACCUAGUUACUCAUAUCCCCAUCCAGCCAGGCCUUGAAAGUUUCAGGGUUGGGAUAUCCACAUCUCCUAUAGGCAGCUGAUUCCAGCAUCUCACCACCACACAGUCAUAUAAUAAAAACCAGUCCUCUGUUAUUUUAAAACCAUUUCCCCUUGUCCUAUCACUACAUUCUUGUGCAAGAAGUCCCUCUCAGCAAGGCUAUUUUCACUGCUAUAGUAUUGACAUUUGUAGGGAUUUGACUUAAUUCCACAGGAUUCAGCCAAUUACACAAGCAGAUGUGAAGAAGUGUCACAGGUAGCUGUGAGAAAGCAGCUGUCAGCAGAGACUGGUGGUGG